GCGCCGCGACAUUCUUCCUCAAAACAUUCCUCUUCCUCUCCGGUAGCUAGAAGGAUGCUGAACAGGAGAGCUUCAUCAUCACAGUCAUCAGCGUCAGCGCCAUCAUCAUCAUCACCGUCAUCAUCAUCAGUAGGAGCAGAGGGAGAGAGGAGCUCUCCGGGGGUUUAAAAAGUUCAGGAGGAUCCUGUUUAUUAAGGGAGAACCGGAGGGGCUCGUGCCUGGCGUUUACCCGGGAGGAAAAGAUAAAAACGCCGCUUGACACGGUCCAGCUCUUUUUGUGGACUCCGUGGAUUUGUGGAUGGAUUUGUUGGUAUAUUGGAUCACUAACGGAGCUUUCCUGAAAGAAAUGAAACUCACCUCCGGUGUUUUGUCUUUAAUUACUGGCGAUGAGGGAUUUAUACUUUCUUUGAAUUAUUAUUUAACCCAUUCCAGGUAUUAGACCGGACCGGUCCGUGUCGGGACUGAUCCCCGACGGUCUUUGAAGGGAACUCCAUGUGAUUGUUGCAGCGGAUUCCCGGUGCUUUGACAGAUCAUUCACGGAUUUCUAUAUUUUUGUUUUCCUCAGCAACUUCUGUAACGGCUUUCUUUCUGACGGGCUUUAACGGUUUUAACGGAUCCCGGGACAGUCCCGGAUGGACUUGGCGGCGGGUGCCCGACGGUAAUCUCAGCCUUUUUCCACCAUAUAGCUCGUAAAAGAAAGAAACGCAGGUAUACGGCAGGUGUUCAUUUAUUUAUUUAUUUAUUGGACCGUGAACGGAGAUCUCCUCGCGUCAAAAGGCUGAUAAUCGACGCCCGGAAAGGUUUUACCGAUCCCGAGGGAUCGACCCCCGUCAGCAUCCAACACGGGGAUCGUUUCCAAACGGCGGAGGGGAGGGGAGGGGGGGAGAAGUUACCGGAGGAGCAGCUUGAAAGUCUCCAGUAACCAUUAACGACUGGAUAACCUUCAUCAUUAAUUUCUGACUGAUCUAAUUAAAGGGAACGACUGAUUUUCAGGUUAUAAAAACAGGAUUUUCACCUCCUUUUUCCGGCUCUGUUGCCCCUCAGAUUGGCAUUUAUUAAAUCAAUGCAUUCCCCGGAUAUCAAUCAGUUUUAAUCCAGUUUUAAUCCAUCAGCCACACGAGGCGGAAAGCGGGGAUCGUUUAGACCUUGUAGACUACUCGAAUGAAUGAUCUCCUCCACGGUGAAAUAAACCCACAUGCUGGCUGUAAAUUAUCCACUUAACCCCCUGAAGACAGGCAGUGAGAGGAACAUAGACUGUAGUUGUGGAAUUAUUAUCCCUAUUAGACAUAAUUUCUAACCAGUAACAUCUCACAGAACCAACAAACUUGGUGAAAAUAAACAAAAAAAUCUAACAUGAAUGGAAUAAUGCAAAACUAUGAUUUAUUCUAAUAUAACCAAGCAGAAAUGUUAGUAGAUGGUGAUAAUUAAUUGCAGAUUGUAUUUUGUGUUGACUUAAUUUUAGUUUAGACUCCAAACCCGGCUCUUUUAAUGUUCUGCAAGGUUUUCUUAUCUCCAGCUCCAUCAAAAUAUUAAUCCCCUAAGACUUCCUAAAGGGCUUUAUUUAUGCUUUAGUGCAGCUCUGGAGGAGCUUUAACUCAGAACAAAUUAACUUCAAAACCACCUGGGGACAAUAAACCUGCAGCUUUAUCUCACCUGCGCUAGUUUUAGAAGAGGUAUGUAGCUAAACUGACAAUUCCUGAAGUUCAGACUUCAGAUUUCUAUGAUUCUUGCAGGGAUUUUAAAGCAAAAUCUGCAAGGAAAUCCAGCUAAAUUUAGCUUGUUUUUGUCUGCAUGCAAUGCUUUAUUCCUACCUCUGUUUGGUCUGUGGAGGUUUAGAGUUUAGCUUAACCAGCUGAUUUCCUGUGAAAGUGUGUGGAUGGUACGCUCACUGUAUAGCCACAUCCUCAACAGCAUGCCUCCUCCUCCCGCUCUUCUUCCUCUCCCUCUCUCCCCCGUACACUUGUAAUCGAGCCAUGCAGCAUUGAUUUUCUCCUCGCCGCUAAACCAAAAUGCACACGACCAUCUCAUCCUUUCUGGUUUGUCAGUUUUGUUGCCUGAAAUGUAAGAAGUGACGCGGUGUUGACUUUCCACCUGGAGUCGGAGCUGAAGGACGUUGAUGACGGUGCAGCGACAGCAGCGAGGUCAGAGUUCAGGCUUCCUCAGAUGUAACUGCUGGAGUUGGAGCAGCACAGUCUGAGAAGUGGAACCUUUAAAAGGAUCCAAACAAACGACUCUGAACAAGUUUUCUUCUUCUUUUUAAUCAGACUCUGGGCUUGUAGGUUGAGGGAUAUUUAGAGCUAAAUGGGAUUAAACGACAGCAGCCCCGGUGCCAUGAGGAACGGUCGUGGCCUGUCGGACCAGUGGGCCGAGUCGGUGGUGGUUCGGCCUCGAACCACAGAGCGCCACAUCACAGUGCACAAGCGUCUGGUACUGGGCUUUGCCCUGUCCAUCCUCACCCUCAUCAUUGUCACCGCGGUCGCCGUGGUGCUCAGCAUCCGCUUUGAAGACUGUGGCGAGCGAGAUCGCACCGGAGCGACUGGGGAGAUGGGUUCCAGAGGGUCUGGAAAGCUGAACGGGAGCAGAGGAGAGAGGAUGGGGGAGAGAGGGGACGAGGAGGCUGUCCAGCCAUGGAGAAACUCCCGGCUCCCGGGGUCGGUGAGGCCGCGGCAUUACGACCUGCGGCUCGCCGUCUACAUGGACAACUUCACCUUCUCUGGAGAGGUCAGCAUUGAGCUGGAGUGCGUCAACGCCACCCGGUUCAUCGUGCUGCACGCUGAUCGCCUCGAGGUGGACCGUAUAUCAGUUACAGCAGAGGGCGGUGCCGGCGGGCGUCCCACAAACAGGCCAGGGGGCGGAGUCAUGCGCAUCCAUCGGCACUUUGCUUUCCUGGCCAACCAAAUGUACGUGGUGGUGCUGCACCGCGAGCUGAAGCCGAUGAGAGUCUACCGAUUAAACAUGAGCUUCGACGCCACCAUCGAAGACGAGCUGCUCGGCUUCUUCAGGAGCUCGUACACCCUGCACAGAGAAAAACGCUACCUGGCGGUGACUCAGUUCAGUCCGAUCCAUGCUCGAAAGGCCUUUCCCUGCUUUGACGAGCCCGUCUACAAGGCCACCUUCUCCUUGGCCCUCCGCCACGACCCUCAGUACACCUCGCUGUCCAACAUGCCUGUUGAGAGCAGCUCACUGUCGGACGAGGAUGGCUGGGUGACCAAUCGUUUCGCCCGAACGCCACGUAUGUCCACGUACUACCUGGCCUGGGCUGUGUGCAACUUCACCUACAAAGAGACGCAGACCGACAGCGGCGUGACGAUUCGACUGUACGCCCGGCCGGAUGCCAUUUCGAGCGGUGCGGGAGAUUACGCCCUCCACAUUACCAAGAGGCUUCUGGGAUUUUAUGAGGACUACUUUAAAGUCCAGUACUCCCUGCCCAAGCUAGACUUAUUGGCAGUGCCGAAACAUCCGUACGCUGCCAUGGAGAACUGGGGGCUAAGCGUCUUCGUGGAGCAGAAGAUCCUGUUGGACGCUGAGGUGUCGUCGUCGUCCUAUCAGAUGGAACUCACCAUGGUAGUCGUCCACGAGAUCUGCCACCAGUGGUUCGGUGAUCUGGUGACUCCUGUCUGGUGGGAGGACGUCUGGCUAAAAGAAGGCUUUGCUCAUUUCUUCGAGUACGUUGGGACAGACUACCUCUUCCCGAAGUGGAACAUGGAGAAGCAGCGUUUCCUCACCGAUGUUCUCCAUGAGGUGAUGCUGUUGGACGGUCUAAGUUCCUCCCAUCCGAUCUCCCAGGAAGUGGAACAGGCAACGGACAUCGACAGAGUCUUUGACUGGAUUGCCUACAAAAAGGGGGCAGCACUGAUCCGGAUGCUGGCUAAUGUGAUGGGACAGCCAUUGUUUCAGAAAGGACUCAAUGAUUAUCUGCUGAGUCACAUGUACAGCAAUGCAGCCAGAGACGAUCUGUGGAGCAAACUGUCCCAGGCCAUGCAUUCAGAGGGGCGGGACAUCAACAUUGGAGAGAUGAUGGACAGGUGGACUCUACAAAUGGGCUACCCCAUUCUCACCCUCAGCAAAAACCAAUCAGAGCAGCUCCCUACUCAUUACAUCACCGUCAACCAGGAGCAUUUCCUGUAUGGACCGGAAGUCAGAAAAAACAUCAGUUUGCAGUGGCAGGUCCCGUUGACCGUCGCUGUGGGAAACGCAUCCACCAUCAGCUUGGAGAGUCUCAUCUGGAUCAAUAACAAGACAGAAACUCACAGGAUUGGUAGGAUGAAUGACAACACCUGGUUGCUGGGCAACAUCAACCAAACGGGCUACUUUCGUGUGAACUACGACCUCCAGAACUGGAAAAUGCUCAUUCAGCAGCUGCACACCAAUCCUCAAAUCAUCUCUGUCGGAAACAGGGCAGGGCUUAUUGACGAUGCCUUCAACCUGGCCAGGGCAGGGUACCUCCCACAAGGCGUUCCCUUGCAGCUGAUUGGAUAUUUACCAGAGGAAACAUCCUUUCUACCGUGGCACGCUGCCAGUCGAGCGCUCUACCAGCUGGAUAAACUGCUGGACCGCACAGACGAAUACAGGCUGUUCAGUGACUAUGUGCUGAAGCAGGUUGCGUCACGGUACCAUCAGAUGGGCUGGCCAACCAAUGGCCCCGGAACUGAGGGCAACAUCCUGCAAUCAUCCUACCAAACUGAAGAGUUGCAGAGGGAGCUCAUCAUGUUAGCUUGUAGCUUCGGCAACAAACAGUGCCACCGUCAAGCAGUCGGCUACAUCUCUGAUUGGAUCUCCAGCAACAAGAACAGGAUUCCUCCCAACAUCCGUGACAUUGUUUACUGUACCGGGGUUAGUCUGAUGGACGAGGACGUGUGGGAGUUUAUCUGGAUGAAGUUUCACUCAACAAAUGUCGUCUCAGAGAAGAAGAUCCUGCUGGAGGCUCUCACCUGCUCAGACAACACCUUCCUCCUUAACAGGUUGCUGAACCUGUCUCUAACCUCAGACCUAGUUCCAGAGCAGGAUGUAAUCGAUGUCAUCAUACACGUGGGCAGAAACCCUCAAGGACGAAACCUGGCCUGGAAAUAUUUCAGAGAGAAGUGGGACGUCCUUAACGCUCGAUAUGGUGAAGCUUUGUUCAUGAAUUCAAAACUCAUCAGUGGAGUCACAGAGUUCCUCAACACGGAAAAAGAACUUGCUGAGUUAAAGGAAUUUAUCCAAUCCAGCGGUGUUGGGGCGGGGCCUGCAUUGCCACGGGCGCUGGAGAUCGUUGAGGGCAAUGUGCGCUGGCACCGCCUCCACCGACGGCAGUUCUACCAGUGGCUACGCAAACCUCCAAACCUCAGCCUCGGUUAACGCUACACCGCCUCGCCAGAGUGGAGCGACUGCAAACUGAUUGCCAGGCUAACGCAAUGCUAGCUUACAGAUGCAGUCAGAACAAAGAAACUGGCGGGAAACUGGUUUGACUGGUUAAUCAGCUGGUCUCCUAACUGGUUUUUUUCUCAAAUCAAUUUAAUUUAAAUGUUUUCAUCGCAGAUGGAAUCUUUAUUUCCUCAACAAGUGGCUGAUGUGAUUAAACUGGUUUAUGUGCUGUGAAAAAAUAAACACAGAUUAUUCAUGCUGUAAGCUAGGUGGCAUUGAUAUGGGCAAUGCUAGCUAGCACCAAACAUUUCAGCUCGUUUUCUUCUUCAUUAAGAGACUGAACUCAGAUUAACAGCCAGCCAUAAGUAGGAUUCCACAAUACUUUAGUUACUUAACCAUUAAGUACCAUUUUUUAUACUAAACAUAUUUAAAAAUAUUUAUCCCAUAAAGUUUUGCGCCAUUGUAUACCUUAUUCAUCCAUCUCUGUUUUAAAGAGUUUUCUGUACUCUUUUAGGCAGGGAACCAGACAAAUCUGUAAGUAUCUGCUUAAUUUGCUCUGGUAAAACUUGUCUGGUUACUUUUCCAAACAGAUCCGUUCUAACUGAUCGCAAUGGAGGGCAUAACAAACUGUAGGAUGGGGUUGAUACUCUAAAACUACCCAGAGAUGCAUUGCUGAGGCACAAGGUCUAAUGAUUUAUUGCUUUGAUUGCUGUUCAGUUGCAUUUUGUUCAGAACCCAAUAAUUGAAAAUAUUUAAUGAACUUGAAAGUUUUAAUCAAUAUCACAUCUCCAAUUUGGCCAGAAUCGGGCCAUAAAAACAUUAAGAUUUUAAAAUUAUCUAUAAAACAUAAUUUGGUGUCUAAGAGUUCAUAUGAUCUGUUUUGUAGCUAUCUCCAAUAGUAUUUUGUAGUUCUUGAUUUACUCUAAAAUUAUUCCAGAAAAUGUAAGUAAGUAUAGAAAAAAGUUGGUCUAACUAAAACCAGACUUUGCAUUCACACCAGCCCUUCUGAAUCUAAUCCUAGUUUGUUUGUUUGCUGGUGGUUAAUGUUUAAUUUGGGAGAUAUUGUGAAACUUUAUUUGCUCUUAUCGGGGCAACGUUAAGACCAGAAAACAAAAAUCAUUCAACACAAACAGAUGACCUACACGGUGUCCUGCAGCUAAAACUAGUUAUAACAAAACAAUGUAAAAAAAUUCACUAAAUGGAAAAUUAACAGCCUUUGCAAAUUUCUUUAACAUUUCUUUAACUUAUUAUAAGAUUUAUGUUUUAUAUUCCAGUGUGGAUUGUCUGUUAUUUAAAUCAGAUUCUGUCUCAUAGUUUACAUUGAUGCACUGAUGUCUAACUAAU